AUGGCAUUCCAUGUAGGAUUAGGAGGGGCAUCUCUGAUGGAAUACAUAAAAGCCCCGAGAGCAAAAUACACAAUUGUAGGAGAAGCGAUACGGUAUGUCAUCCCAGCACACAUGCAGUGCUCCAUCGGCUGUGGAGGGGAAGACUGCAAGUAUGACAACCCAAACUACUGGAGUGAGGACCAACAGGCAAUAAAAGGCCUAUAUUCAUCCUGGGUCACAGAAAAUCUUCUUGCUAUGUCCAGGCCUUCAACAGAGAUAAUUCAGAAGUAUAACAUUAUUUCCCAGUUUUUAAGGAAUGGCAUUAAAACAGUCAUCAACCUGCAGUUACCUGGAGAACAUGCAAGCUGUGGGAAGCCUCUGGAGCCAGAAAGUGGUUUCUCGUACCGCCCAGAAGCGUUCAUGGAAAACAACAUUUAUUUCUAUAAUUUUGGCUGGAGUGACUACGGAGUGGCCAACCUCACCGCCAUCCUGGAUAUGGUGAUGGUAAUGGCCUUUGCGCUGCAGGAGGGAAAGGUAGCAGUCCACUGCCACGCCGGACUUGGCAGAACAGGUGUGCUCUUAGCCUGUUUCUUGGCCUACGCUACCAGGAUGACUGCAAACCAAGCUAUUUUAUAUGUUCGUGCCAAACGGCCCAACUCCAUCCAAACCCGGGGUCAGCUGCGGUGCAUCAGAGACUUUGUCCAGUUUCUUGUCCCUUUACGAAGCGUAUUCUCCUGCGCCAGGCCUAAGUCCCAUCCCAUAACACUGUCCCAGUAUCUUAACCGCCAGAGACACAUUCUGCACGGUAAUGAGAGAAAGGAACUGAGGUACCUACCCAAGAUUAUACAUCUAGUCUGCAGGCUCUUGGUGGACAUAGCUGAGAACAGGCAGGUGAUUGAGGAGGACAUCCUUGAAGCCCCUGAUAUCCAGGAGAUUGAAACAACUCUGAGUGUCAUUGAGAAGAUGGGGCCUGAAUUAUUUGCAAAGGAGCCCCGGUUACCCGGUUCACCCACCUUACCCAGGCACUUCAAUGAGCCUCCCAUCUUCUACCACCGCAAAAGUCUGAGCUACAGUGAGUCUGACUUGAGACGCCUGGGAUCACAGCUAAACCUUCUCACACAAUCUCUGACCACUGUCUCCAAAUCAGAGAACACUCUACCGUCAUCCCAGAGUCAAGGUCCGAACAUCAACAUAUCUGAUGUCUCUUACAGCUCGACAGGCUCUCUCUGGCAAAUCAAAAAUGAGGAAGGGCAGAAAGAUGGCAUUAUUGUGGUAAAGAAAUUAAAAAGGAGAACCAUCCAACGCAGCGAGUCAGUGGGGAACAAUAAGCCAACUAAAAAGGGUAGCAUGUUGUCUAGGUGGAAGGCAGAGAGGAGGGAAGAGCUAGCAAUGAAUGGGGUAAAGCUUCAAGAUCAAGAAAAUGAGCAAUCAGAGCUUCCGUGCAUCACCCUGCAGUCUGAGCUGUCUCUGGAAGCCAGGAGGAUGCUGGUGGCCCAGGCACUAGCAGUGGACCUUUUUCUCGAUGGGGAGGAGGAGCAUAGGACCAAAGUUUUGGCCUGGCAGGCGGAGCUGAACCAAGGCAGUGCAUGGGAGAGGCUGUGCACAGAGAGGGAUCCCUUCAUCCUGACUGGUAUAAUGUGGGCAUGGCUGGAGCAGCUUAAAGAACCAAUCAUCUCCAUCCAAGAUGCCAAAACCCUCAGUCCAGACAAUAUCGAUGCAAACACUGUUCUGAACACUCUGAGCCAGGCAUCUAAAGAAACAGUAAGAUGCAUACUCAACUGCAUGGCUCACAUGAUGAAAAUAUCAGAGGAGGUUGAAGAUGCUUUUCUAUAUAGAGCAAUCAAAGCUUUCACCUGGAUAAAAAUUAAUUCAGAGGAGGGGAGCAACCUGUAUGAGUCUAUGACAAAAGUUCUGAGGUGUGUUCUUCUGGACCUGAGAUCCGUUGCUAUUGAGGAAGAGGAGGAAAGAGCCAAACCUGCAGUCCAUGUGACAUGA